GAAACGCCCUCUGCAUAGUUUUGGCCAAAAUUGGGAAGUGAAAGGUGAAAUUUCCAUAAUCGGGGCUUUUUCAUUACUCUCAUCUAAAAUCUCAAUGACUCAAUGGAUUUGGAAGGUUGUGAGAGAUAGACUUUUCUGAGAUGGCGAAACCAGAUUUUCCGCGGGCUACCCCAACACCUGCCAUUCCACCUAGCCCUGUGUCUGUCAAAGGGCUUGAUAAAGGACAGCUAUCCUUGAAGAGUAGCCCGUACUCAUCAAACAACAAGAGAGCACUCAACCAGAGUGAUGUGAUCAAUGGUCUUAACAUCCACUAUAAAAAGCUAGGCUCAGCUAAAUCACGUAUUGAUGCAGGAGUUCCAAAAUCAUGGACAUCAAGUACAAUAAAGCGGGACCAGUUAAAGCGACAAGCCAUGGAAAAGCAGAGAAAGAAGUUACAAAGUGCCAAGAAAACUUCUUCAUCUAGGCCUGCUUCAAGGAAUACAACAAAUGACCCUGAUUUAAAAUUACGUAAAAUCAAAUUUGGAGCAACAGUACUGAUUCGCAAGGACUUGGAUGAAGACCUUGCCAAGUAUGGAAUCUCUGAUCCGCGAGGUCCUCGGAACGCUUCUAUGACCCCUCAACCGUACCGCCCCCGCAGUGCAUACUCAGACGUGAACAGGCCACACACCAGCCAAUCACACAACUACAAUUCAAACCAAUACAGGAACAAUAAGAACGCCGACAUGCAAGGCUCAAUGACUCUGGACUACCAAAGCCGAACACCAAGAAAGGAAUCAGCGGACAUUCUAGACAAGCGAGCAGAUAAGUUUACAGAGUCGCGGAAGCUGUUCACUCCAAGAACUUUAAAGACGGGUGCCACUUCAAGACUUGCUCAAUCUAAGAACUAUAAUGCACCGAAGAGGAAAGGAGGUGCUAAGGAACUUAAUGAAACUGGAAGGUCAGAGAGAGAACUACAGUGGAAUGAAAGCAAUACAAGAACCCUACAUUCCAGAGAGCAGCUUGAGGAGCUAGAAGAGCGAGAUCGACGAGAGAACGCCCGUCUCCAGAGGGCCGAGGAUCAUCUAAGAUGGGUGGAAGAACAAGCUAUGAGGAUCCAGUCUCUAGAACUCGAAGGGGAGGAGGAUGAGAUGGGACCGAUGACGUCGAGUCUCAAGCCGUCCAGAAAAGGGCCUCGACAGCCUCCUGGUGGAACUCAAGAUUUGAAUGUUAGCUACGGAAAUCAGUCACUCAGGUCAGAACUUGCUUCCAUGACAUACAGAACACCAGAACAAGUAUCAAAGCGGAUGCAAGAAGAGGAGGAAGAAUUGAGAUACCUGGAGUUUGUUACUGAUGUAACCAAUGAUGUUUUGAACAGAGGCAUCUAUACAAACACAGUCCUGAAGCAAGUCUUUGAAUCACAUAUAGACAAGAAUAAAGGCAGACUAGAUGAGGGAAGAAUGAGGCAUUUGAUGACUCAACUCAAAGAAGACCUAGCAAUUCCAUCUGCAGAUGAUAUCGGUGAUGGGACGUGACCCUGUGACCUUUGAACCCCCAACAAAAUAUCUUGCAAUACUAAUUUCUUAUUCAUAAUCAUCUGUCCGUGAUCAUGGGAUAUACCUAUGAAUUAUAUUUCAGUCUGGAUAUCAAUAUUAUUAUCUAGAAUAGAUUUAAUGGGACAGAGUACUUACACUGACAAAAAAAAUGUGUUAUUUCAAACAAUUUGUAAAGGGGCUAUUACACCUGGUGGGUAUUUCAUAAAGCUGUUCGUAAGAUAAGAGCGACUUUAAGAACGACUGGUGAUCCUUUCUUAUGCUUAAUGGUACACACCGAAAUGUUCGUUGGCGAUGGUUUAGCGCGUAAAGAAAGGAUCACCGGUCGUUCUUAAAGUCACUCUUAACUUACGAACAGCUUUAUGAAACGGCCCCCAGAACAAUUAAGCUAGUGUAUGCUGAUGCAUGUAUGGAAAGCCAUGAUUAUUAACUUCUAUUUAUCAAUAUCGAGGCAUUAGAAUUGCUAUUAGAAUUGGACGCUUUAGCCAGCAUAUGGCAAGCCAUUUUAACAUUUAAUCCUCUUUCUCGAUAUCAAGAAUUGCCAUUUGUUAAAAGUAUAAAAUGAAAUAUUCAUUUCAAGAUGUAGGCUUGCCAUAUGUACAUCAGCCUAUAUGCUGGCUAAAAAUCAUCCAGGUUCGUUAGCCUCUUAAAUUGAAUAUAUCGUAAGAUCUUAAUAUUGUGUUUAAGAUGAUUAUAGCAGUUGUGCAAACAAACCUGAAUUCAUGUGCCUCCCAUGUACCUUUGUCUUUCAUCAAUGAAUGUGAGGUUUGUAUGUUAUGAGUUACGUACUGUGUACAAGAGUAUAUUUAAUGAGCAAAAUAUAUGUAGAUAAAUGAUAUUUACAUUUUUAGGUCAAAUGUUGCAGCUAUUUUAGUUUGAUUUAUAUGUGACCUGUUGAUGUUUAGAUUAAUGACACAAUUCAAAUUCAUUCCAACUUCUUUCCUGAAAUAAUUUCCCAAAAUGUUAUCAUUUUUUCAGACUCAUAUACCUAGAAAUCAAUGAAUUGUAUGAUUUAAUAGUAUAUAGAUCAUUAAAAAUGCAAAUGAAGCACUACUAUGGCAGAAUUUUUCCAGUAGUGUAUAUAGUUUUAGUAUGGUGUCGUGGAUUGUGCUUUUACGUCCUGUUCGGCAAUAGGAAAAAUAGUAUUGAAAUGUAAAGUUUGAUCUUUGCCUUCUGCUAUCAGAAAUCCUAAUUAACUUUGUAAAAUUAUGAAUUGAUCUGCCAUAAGCCUGUUACCCUCAAGUGAUACAGUAAUAUAAGUUUCACUUUUGGAAAUUAACCCUAAAAGAGCCCAAUCUAUAUAAAGUAAAACAUAUUACUAACUGUUUAUAAUGUGAAAUAUAAGAGGAUUGUAUAAGAAACAAAUGGUGUGGAUCAUUUUUUCUUGACAUUUUGAAGUUAUUAUAAUUAUUUUAGUGUGACAACAAAAGUUUAAAAUGGAAUUGGAGAUGGCCUCACCAGACAGAGUGCUGUAUUUCCUUACAGUUUGACCGAAUGAGUUAAAAACAUUUUAGAAAAUAGCACAUUCUACAAAGUCCUAUUUAUGUUAAGAAGAAUGCAUGGAGGGGGGUGGUCAAAUUGUAUCAUUCUAUCUAGCUACCUAUUUUGUUAUUUACAUGUACAUUUAAUGACAGAAAUUUGAAGGAAGAGGUAUAAACUUUAAAGAUGAAUUAUAAACAGAAACUUACAUUAGUUGUACAUCCACAUAUACAGUGCAUAUCAAUAAAAAGUUAACACUUUGAAAAAGUCCUGGGAAUUAAAAAAAAUGUACAACGUAGGGACUCUUUUUUCACAUAUAUUCUUUGGUUUGGGUCUCAUCUAUCCAAUGAAUGUAAAAAUGUUGACAGAAUGUUACACUCGAGUGAGCACUGUCCAUUUUUGUAAAGCUCUCGUGAAUCAUUUUGCGCAGAAAUGCUCAUUUUCACACUGUAAGUAACAAAAGGUGAAAACAAACUGAACAAGCAGUACAUUUCUCUUACAUUUCUUUUGCAUUGUUAGCAAAAUGAAAUAAAAAAAAGAUAAAUUCAAACAUUUUGUAACAACUUUGCCACCCAAAUUAAUAUUUUAACCCGAGGUAAGCAUAACCUUUACUUUUUUGUGGAAACUGGAUCUGAGGAUGUAAUUGAAUUUAAGCAAAAAUUUAUUUCAGACAUCUCCAGCAUUCUUUCAAAAAGUUUUUGUCUCACCUGCAUAGCAGAGUGAGACUAUAGGCGCCGCUUUUCCGACGGCGGCGUCAACACCAAAUCUUAACCUGAGGUUAAGUUUUUGAAAUGACAGCAUAACUUAGAAAGUAUAUGGACCUAGUUCAUGAAACUUGGCCAUAAGGUUGAUCAAGUAUUACUUAACAUCCUGCCUGAGUUUCAUGUCACAUGACCAAGGUCAAAGGUCAUUUAGGGUCAAUGAACUUAGACCAUGUUGGGGGAAUCAACAUCAAAAUCUUAACCUAAGGUUAAGUUUUUGAAAUGUCAUCAUAACUUAGAAAAUAUAUGGACCUAGUUCAUGAAACUUAUACAUAAGGUUAAUCAAGUAUCACUGAACAUCCUGCAUGAGUUUCACGUCACAUGACCAAGGUCAAAGGUCAUUUAGGGUCAAUGAACUUUGGCCGAAUUGGGGGUAUCUGUUGAAUUCCAUCAUAACUUUGAAAGUUUAUGGAUCUGAUUCAUGAAACUUGGACAUAAUAGUAAUCAAGUAUUACUGAACAUCCUGUGCAAGUUUCAGGUCACAUGAUCAAGGUCAAAGGUCAUGUAAGGUCAAAGAACUUUGGCCACGUUGGGGGUAUUUGUUGAAUUGCCAUCAUAUCUCUAUAAGUGUAUUGGUCUAGUUCAUAAAACGUGGAAAUAAGAGUAACCAAGUAUCACUGAACAUCUUGUGCGAGUUAUAGUAGUUUUCAAAAUCAGCACUGCUGCUAUAUUGAAUCGCGUGAUGCAGGUGAGACGGCCAGAGGCAUUCCACUUGUUAUCAUUUAAAUUGGGGCCACAUUUCAUAUUUUAUUUAAUACUUGUUUCUCCACACUCUUCUCAAGCUUGAC